AUGUUUUCCAACUCCAUCAUCGCCCUCGCCAUCGUGGCAUCAUGCACCGUCGCCGCCAACACAUCAUCGUGUGGCUCUCCCGCAAGCACUCCUGCCGCCGGUGCCCCUGGCGAGCUCUCCCUCACGCAAAAGCUCUUCCUCGCGGACACCGCCGCCGACAGAUUCGGCCUCCUCACCGAUGAACAAUUCAGGUUCCCCUUUGGCGACCCAGCCAAGAAGGGCCAGGGCGGUAAGGGAGGCGACCUCAUCGCCGCGAACCGGAAAACGUUCCCGGCGCUCGUCGGCUCCGGCUCCGGCAUGUCCGUCGGCUUCCUCGGCCCCUGCGGCUUCAACACCCCUCACGUUCACCCGCGCGCCACGGAACUCCAAAUCGUCACCCAAGGGCGCCUGGAAGUCGAGAUGGUGCCCGAGAACGGCGUCUUCAAAGUCCCCGGCAACAAGACGAGCGGGCGCCGCGUCAUCAAGAACUCGCUCGACACCUUCGACAUGACGCCCUUCUACAUGGGCUCCGUCCACGCGCAGUACAACCCGGACUGCACCGAAGCCGUCUUCGUCGCCGCCUUCAACUCGGAGGACGCGGGCACGGGCCCGGUCCUGGAUGAGACGUUCCAGUUCUCGGCCAACCUCGUCUCGGCCGCCUUUGGGCAGGCCAUCGACGGCAGCGACGUCGAUCAAUUCAAAUCCCAGAUUCCCGCGUCUAUCGCCAUGGGCGUCGAGGAGUGCCUCACCAAGUGCAACUUGAAGAAGCGCAGCAUCUGA